ACGCAAAUUUGGUUCAUUUUCGAAAUUUCAUGUUUAUUUGGAAAGGAAUUAAUAAAACAUGAGUUUGUUUUUCAGCUUGUUGAAUUGUGACAGUGAAAACUAGUAGAAAAUGUCUUGCACUGCUGACGAAAUUGCUGAAAAACGGAGGAUUGCAAUCGAACGACUGAAUGCUCGAAAGAAUGCAUUGAACAAUAACAACGGUGUCGUCACGAUUGCCGCCACCGUUCCGAAGCCAGCUGCUCCCACGGUUACUUCCCCGUUUCCUGCCAAGCCAAUAUUUACUCUUCCUCCGAAACAGCAGCAAGUGAUAGAGGCCCACAAAAGUAGUUCCUUCUAUGGUACUAAUACGACUAAUACUAGCAGUAAUACAUCGGGUCCGAACUUAAAACAGAUCGUUACCAAUGGCGGUAGUAGUAGUGGUGGGAAAAUCAAAAAUACCUUGAACAAUGCUCGUCCACAAACGCAACCAUACGCGAGGAACUCUCCCGUGAGCAAUGCAGGGAAGGUGGCGCCUGUUUUUGUACGGACGGUUACCUGCUCCUGUGCGAUGGUAUCGGAGUCAAGAUUCAUCGUUCAACCGUCCACAUUCAAUGAUAAACUGAUCGAAGUGUUUAAAAGCAUUCCCUCGAAACAAUACGAUCCCCGCACAAAACACUGGACGUUUGACAUUAGGGAUUAUGCGUUAGUUCAGGAGAAGGUAACGGCAUUAAAUCCGCACGUAUCGAUUGGUUUGAUUCCGAAAUUCGUGCUGCGUUAUUUCAAUGGGGAUCCGAGGGCGAAGCCAAAUCGGACCUGCUUGGAUGCUAUUGAACCAUCAUUGGCUGGAACUUUAAUGGAAUUUCAGAAAGAGGGUGUUUGUUUCGCCAUAGAACGAGGUGGUCGUGCCCUGAUAGCAGACGAAAUGGGGCUGGGAAAGACCUAUCAAGCACUAGCCGUGGCUGAUUUUUACAAAGAAAAUUGGCCUCUGUUGAUUUGCACGACGGCGUCCACGAGAAAUGCGUGGGCUACGAAGAUACGGCAAUUGUAUCGAUACGUUCCGGUCCAAAACAUUAUUACGCUUCAGGGAAGUCAGGACCAGAUUGGUGAUGCACGUAUUUUGAUCUCUAGCUACAGUUUGAUGGAGAGGUGCGCAGAUAAGCUCCAGGAACGGGGAUUUGGGUUUAUCAUCAUGGACGAAUCUCACACGUUGAAGAAUUUUAAAGCAAAAUGCACGGCCGUUGCGCAAGCGUUGGCCAAGAAGGCCAAACGGGUGAUCCUUUUAUCCGGAACUCCAGCAUUGUCUCGACCGGUAGAGCUGUUCAGUCAGUUGCAGAUGCUGGAUAGGAGUUUUUUCAACUUUAAAGAAUACAGCACGAGGUAUUGUGCAGGGAAGCAAACAAAUUUCGGUUGGGACGCCAGUGGGCAAUCGAAUUUGGAGGAACUCAAUCUGCUGCUAGCAGCGAGGUUCAUGAUUCGUCGCACCAAGCAGGACGUGAUGAGCCUGCUAGCGGAGAAAAGCCGAGAAACUGUGAUAUUGGAUUCGUCGUUGUUGAGUAAAAAUGAGGAAGCGGAGGAAAACUUGAGUAGCUACGCGGCAGAUUAUUCGACGAGUAAAGGGCGCCAACGGGAGGACAUUCUUUUCCAGUAUUACAGUGCCACUGCAGUAGCGAAAGCUCCGGCGGUUUGCGGAUACUUGAAGCAGAUUAUAAAGGAGAAGCAGAAGUUUAUCAUAUUUGCACAUCACAUUCAAAUGCUGGAUGCGAUAUCGAAGUACCUCAGCAAGCAAAAGGUGGAUCACAUACGGAUCGACGGAACCACCAGAACAGAUUUGAGAUCGCAACUAGUGGACAAGUUCCAAACAAAGGAGUCCUGUCGCGCCGCAGUCCUAUCUCUGAAGGCCUGUAACGCCGGUAUAACCUUGACAGCCGCCCAGUUGGUUUUAUUUGCCGAACUAGAUUGGAAUCCAAGUAUCUUGGCGCAGGCCGAAAGCCGAGCCCAUCGAAUCGGUCAGGAGAGUGCCGUCGUUGUACGUUACCUGUUGGCCAAGGGAACGGCCGACGACAUCAUCUGGACGAUGCUGCAGAAGAAACAGAACAUCCUGAACAAGGCUGGUUUGUGCAACGAGGAUUUCUCCGAUUCGACCAACGUGGAUGCGCCCUGUUCGGCGGGGAAUAUUGAACCAUACUUGGAGAAGCGAUCGUCCACUUCCGGGACUCUCGACCCAUACGUUACUAGUGGACCAAAACCCAGUGCGAGUGCGAGUAGUGUAGCCAAGACUGAUAGCAACAACGGACUUCAAAGUAUGUUAGACGACGGAGAAGAUGACGAUUUGGCCGGGUUGGAAUUUUGAAAGUUUAGGAUAUUGUUUUUUUUAUGUUGUAAAUCAACUUUAU